UAGUCUUUCGAGGUCUAAUAGCCAAGUACUUCCUUAGCGCAGAGAUUUCAUUUCGAAAGUGUGAAGAUCCAUCCUGGAAAGAAAUGAUAAAUUACUGCCAACCAUCUUUUCGAUUAGUCGGUCGACAGACUGUCCGUUCAGAUUGCAUUUUGUUGUAUGAAGAGGAGAAGUUGCAAUUGAUGGACCAGUUUAUGAAGUUGAAAUCCCAUGUUAGUUUGACUGCCGAUCUUUGGUCCUCUAACCAAAACCUUGGCUAUCUUGGUGUAACAGCACAUUUCAUUAGUGAAGACUUUGAUUUGCACAAAAAGAUCAUUGCAUUCAAGAAAAUUUCCUUCCCUCAUACAUCUUAUACUGUGCAAGAUGGUAUUACCUCUUGUUUGCUAGAGUGGGGAUUGGUCGGGGAUUUGUUUACUCUGACAUUGGAUAAUGCUAGUGUAAACAAUAGAGCAAUGAAAGAUAUGCGAGAUGCAUUGUGUAGUCAGAUGUUUUUUAGUGGUGAACACCUCCAUGUGAGAUGUUCUUCUCAUGUGCUCAAUAUCAUGGUUCAAGCUGGACUGAAAGUCGUUCCAAAUGCAAUCGGAAGCGUGAGGGAUAUUAUCAAGGUCGUGACAUCUACACCAUCUCGUUUGCAGAUAUUCAAUUCUAUUGUUCAAGCAUUGGGUCUUAAAACUGCUGUUCUAGAUCCAUCAAUGAAGACCGACUUUGUCAAGUUCUAUUUCUACACAAUUGGUGAUAAUGUUGAUGUGAAGAUGAGGGAGCUCAAAAGUGCAGCUGGUAGAAUUCUUGGAAAAAAUAGGACAUCACUAUCUCCCGAAACACUGGAAGCUUUAGUUUGUGCCAAAGACUGGUUGAUUGGAUUCAAUGAUGAAGAAGAAGGUGAACCAAUGACAGGAAAGCGAAUGUUUGAUUCGGAUGAUGAAGAGGAUGAUUGGGAAAUUUGA